AUGCUUAUAAAAACAAAACUCUCUACAGAUGUGGAGGCAAUUAAGUUGCGCGCACACACUGCCGAUAAUUUAUCAAAUGCAGACUCAAUCCCUUUGAAAAGAGAGCCAGUAAAGGCACGCCCAACUGUGCACACCCUCGAGCUCGAGGCAAGAAUUCCCGAAUAUCCGAAAGUUCUGCUCAAAGGCUGUGCAGAUGCCCCAGAAAGCACCAACAGAAAAACUGGCAUCCCCCCAGUCCUUGCGCCCGCUGCAAAAGCCCCAGAAAGUGCAGAGCCCCAGCACCCUGCCUCUUCCCCAGAAAACCAGCCGGUGUCUAUAUCCGACGAAAACAGCCCCAAAAAAGCAGUAACCAUCACGCUAGAAGGAAGACGCUCAGGGUCCUCUGUAGAGAACGAAGAUCCUUAUCCGCCCGAGCUAUGCAAGGUAGACUUUGACUGUGAAAGUAUCUCCUCUUUUAGGGCCUUGCAAAACAAUGAGAACUCUUCAGAAAUCGGGAUAUUCAGAAGGAUAUCAUCCCAUGGUGCCUAUAUAACCACCCAAUACAUACUUGACGUGGGCUGGGUGGUAAUAGUGUUUUUCGCAGUUCUGUUUUUCAUUUUGAGUUGCGUGAUACUUCUGAUCGGAUUGUUCAGAAUCAUUAAGUAUUAUCGUUUUGUCCAUUAA